CUUUUUACACUGCACGCAUGGUUUAUGAACGAAGUCUGAAUGAAAGAGGAAGUUAAGGCAAAAUAAGGUUCGUGGAUAAAAACAUAGACAAUGGUAGACAGCAAUGAGAUGACCAUCAACCUUGUUGUCCUUGGAAGAACUCAGACUGGCAAAAGCGCUGCUGGGAACAGCCUGCUGGGCAGCUCAGACUUUGAGAGUCAUCAUUCCCCAAGCUCUGUGACUACAUGCUGCAGCCUUGGACGCAGCUGUCGCAUUUCGGGGAUUAUACGAAGAAACGGCUGUGAGCUAGCUCUCCGUAUUCGAGUACUUGACACUCCAAGCUAUCCUCACAGUGCUCUGAGCAAAGAGCAGGUGAGAGACACAGUGAGUUCAGCCCUGGCUCACCACUUCGGGGAGGAAGGCCUGCAUCUAGCUCUCUUGGUCCUGAGGGCUGACUUGCCUCUGUGUCCGGAUGAAAGCGAUCAUGCAAUUCAGUUCCUCCAGGAACUUCUGGGCCCCACAUGGAAGGAUUUCACUGCAGUUCUACUUACUCAUGCAGACAAGGCAGAAGAGGCUGGAUUCAGUGAGGAAGCAUACUUGCACAGUGCCUCAAGUACCCUGUUGUCACUUUUAAGCUCGGUACAGCAUAAAUACAUUUUCCUAGACAACCAGAAGAGCAUAAUUAAAGAGGAAAGAGCUAUUGUCUUAAGGAAGCUCUUAAAUUUUAUAAGACAAAAUAAUUAUCGAGUGCUUCUACUUAAACCCAGCAAGGAAUAAAAUUAGCUUUCAGGUGCUCGUUUGUCUAUUUUCUAUGGUAGGUAACAUUUAAUAGAAAUAAGAGAGUAGAAGCCAUCAACCAGAAAAUUCCACAUCCAUACCAAAUACCUUUGAACACACAGUUGGAAAUAUCUCUGUAGAUUACCAAACUACUUGCCUUUCAUAGAGUAUCUCACACUACUGC